AUGCAGAUCAUGCUGCAUGCUUUCCUGAGACAGACCUGCCAGGUCCAGGCCAGGGCACACACAGCAGUUACCCACAACAGGCUUCGUGGCAGCGUCAGAUCCUGUAGCUUUGCCAUGUGGGGCCGCAGCUGUGGCGUUCGAGCCUUCCGUGUCGCGGUGCGGAGGGCCAGCGGCGUGGCCAGCUGCAGCCGCUCAGCCAGCCUGGCUGGGGUGCUGUCCAGGCAGCGCCUUCCCGCAUUCGCGUGCCAGCGAGGCCGCGCCUUUGCCGCCGAGACUAAGAAGCGGCGGCCCCUUCGACCGAAGGAGGAGCUCUUGAGAGACGCGACGCACCACGAUGUGCCCGUGCGCCGCAAGGCAGUGAAGGACCUUGGCAGAUACCCGGGUGACCCUGAAGCCAUCGCGGCCUUGGCCAAGGCCCUGGGUGACGAAGACGUUGCUGUGCAGCUCGCUGCGCAAGGCGCCAUGUCCAAAGUUGCUGACAUCGGCGACCCGCGCACUGUCCAGGCGACGCUGGAGCGUGUGUCCAGUACCUGCGAGUGGACGAGGAUUGCAGCAUUGAGCACCCUGGCAGACAUCACAGGCAAGUUCGGACACGCCACACGAGGGACGGCGCUGGACCAGCAGGUGGAGGAAGCUGUCAAGUCCCGACUAACAGACGAGGACUGGGGAGUCAGGCGCGCUGCCAUUGACACCAUGGCCUCCAGAGCAGCACCGGACUGCCCGGAGACGCUCGCGGCCGCGAAGCGGCUCCUCGAGGACCAGAUGGGAACAGUGCGGGAGUCGGCCAUCAAGGCCAUCGCCGCCUUGGUCCCGAAGGGCUCGCGGGAGGCCAUCGACUGGAUCUCGCCGAGGCUCGACGAUUGGCAUGAGUCCGUGCGCCGGGCGGCGGUCGUCGCAGUUGCCAAGAUCGCUGAAAAAGGCGAUCAGCACGCCAUCGAGCUCGAGAAGAGUGCCUGCGAUGACAGGUCCUGGAUCGUGCGGAAGGCUGCCACCGACUCGCUGGCCGCUACAGCGACGCUGAACGACCUGCCGUCCCUUCGGAAGCUCGCGAAGAUGCUGGAGGACUUCGAUCCUUUGCCGCGGAUGGCCGCCAUCUACGGCAUGGCCGAGCUCUGUGGGGUCGGCCAUCGGAAGGCCAUCGCCCUGGCCGAGGCACGCCUGGAACACCGUGACCCGGGCACGCGCCAGGCCUGCGUGCAGCUCUUGGAGAAGAUUGCUACACAAGACAUGAAGGACAUUGCACGGAAAGUCGAAGACAGGAUGGAGGAUGAAGACGAGCAUGUUCGCGACUCCGCGUACUAUUCCUUGGAGGCAAUCAAGGCCAACCUGCCUGGGCGCCGCCGGUGGAUUUCGGACCUUCCUGACCUGGGCGAUUUGGAUCGCAUCGGGCUGGACUCGUCGGACGAGGAGGAUGAGAAGGGCGACCGCUGGUAG